UACUAUGAGCCAUCCUCCCUGGGGUUAUUCCUAUAUUUACCUGAAGGCCAUAACACACAUACUGUGUACACAAAGGACAUGAAGGUCAUUGUUAGCACAGUACGGCUCUGCACCGUCACAGUCAAUAUGUGUGCGUGUGGACCAGAAACCUGCACACUGCUAAGGUAUGGGCUCUGGCCAGCAACAGCCGACAAGCCCCAGACAGCCUUCUCCAUCCCUCUGCUUGAGCUUUUUGUUUGUCUGUCACUGGAGUGUCAGGUUUCUGUUGAGGGUUUUUGCAACACCCUGCGCUGGAAAAAUAACCUCACACUUGCAGAGGUUAACACCCUUCACAGAGCCCUGGUGGGAGAAUCCAUAGCCCAUUUUAGGCAUCACCACUUCCGACAAAGAAGUUUGGUAGAUGUUUGCUCACAAUUUGAUGAUGGGACCACAUGCCCAGCAUGUCCAAAGGCGGAUGGAGAUAUGAUAGUGACAUUGGAUGCCAACUUUGGCCUUGUGAGGAAGCAAAGCUCAGGGACAAGUGCGGUUGAGCCAUUACAUGGAACUCGCAUGUUUGUUGAUGAAAAGGAUGUGGAGGACUACCUGCUAUCACAUCUUGACAGCUCAAAGCCUCACGAAGACUGCAGUAACUUUAAGGCUGGCAACGUGUUGAGGUCACAACAACAAGCAAAGAAACUUGAUGUUACAGGAGUGUUUGGAGCAUCCUGUCGUCAUGAAAUGCCCCUAAUGUUUGUCAACAUGAGCCAAGGAGAACGGCAAGUCUGUGCCAUUGUAGUGACAUCUCUUACUAUUUACCCAGUGUUCCAGAAUGAUAAUUCCCCUGUUUGAUUCUAGCUAUUCAUAAAAUGCCUAAAAUAGCAUGACCCUAACAUAAGCCAUAUUUUAUUUAAUUUUUUUAGUCAACAAAUAUAAACCUCAUGGAAUGUAUAUUAGAGAUUCCAAAAUAUUACAAAACGUAAACUUUACAACAAUUCUAUAAUAUUCACUAAUAUAAGAAAACAUGAAAAAUAACAUAAAAAAGAUUUAUUUAAUUAACUUUUCCUCAGUAUAAAAUGUU